UGAUACCCUCUUAUUCUUAUUUCCAACCAAAAAUAUUAUUUGGUCUAUUUAGCCCAAUUUAGCCCCUGCGAGAAGGCUAGAAGUGGCUGUAAAGAAAUAUCAGAAUAUCACUCCUCUCCGAAACAAUUUGACGUCACGGGCUUUGUCUGGGGCUUUGGCUUGGUUUAAUUUGGUUGGGUUGGUCAACCUAUUUACCUAGGUACCUAGCCUAUGUAGGCUGGCUUGGUUGGUAAGGGUAGGGGUUGGCUACUACUUUUGAAUAUCUGGCGAUUCCAGUGAAUGGUCGACUGCCAGUUCUGCGCUCUUCUUCUUUCCAGUACUUCCAGUGCCAACCCGACAAGGACUCGACAUGGCGCAAUUGAGCUCGGAUUUACAGGAGAAGUUGGAUGAGUUGGAGAGGGAGUUGGAGGAAGGCGACAUCACAGCAAAAGGCUAUCAAAAACGACGAACCCAGUUAUUCUCUCAGUAUGGUCCUAAUACUUUGGCUGAUGCGACUGGAGGUUUACGAAUACACACACCUAGCGAUGAUACUCCUUACACAAGCGAAGGCCAUCGAGACGCAGCAUAUACCGCCCUCAGCACCACCAAUUCCGACUACAAUGACCCAUACUCCCCCUCAACUAUUACGUCUCCCGGUGACUGGCGGCCCCAGUCGGCCGGACCACCACCCAGUUCCUCUCAUGGCGCCGAACAUCCAGCCGGUUUAAUGCGGCCGGGCGGACCAAUGGCUGAACAGCGCCCUAACUUGAGCCAACGCGAUUCACUCUUCUUAAACCCUACCAACUAUGCGCAAACUAUGGUGUCCGACUCUCCUACGCGAUCCGGGACCAUGGUAUCGGGCGACUAUGCCUUCAAACCAGAGCAUCAAGGCGGAUAUGCGCCCCAACCACAAAAUACAUAUGAUAGUCGAACUGGAACUAUGCUGGACUCGCAGGUUUAUUUCUCUGACUUUGCCGGCCAGCAGUCAUACGAUCAUGGCCCCAGUGGUGAAUAUACCGGAGGAGUCCAUAGGUAUUCAUCCAGCGAUGCCUUUUCGCCCACUGCUGCGAUGGCUCCUCCCAUGCUUACUGCGAGCGACCUGCCUCCCCCAGAGGCCCUAGAGUAUCAGAUGCCCUUGGAGCCGCGGGAAGUACCCUUCGCUAUACAUGACCCACAUGACGAGAAUACGGCCAUGUCCACAUUCGACAACAUUGCCGCGGUACUAAGACACAGGGGACGUACUAUCGGGAAACUACCAGCCUACUGGGUCCUUGAUAGCAAGGGAAAGGAAAUUGCAUCUAUUACUUGGGAUAAACUAGCAUCUCGAGCGGAGAAAGUGGCACAGGUUAUUCGAGAUAAGAGCUCCUUAUACCGUGGUGACCGCGUUGCUCUGAUCUACCGAGAUACGGAAAUAAUCGACUUCGCAAUAGCCCUCCUAGGCUGCUUUAUUGCUGGUGUCGUAGCCGUUCCUAUCAACGACUUACAGGAUUAUCCCAAGCUUAACCUUAUUCUUACAUCUACUCAGGCGCAUCUAGCGUUGACUACUGACAACAACUUGAAGUCAUUUCAACGUGAUAUCACCACACAGAAGUUGAACUGGCCCAAGGGGGUCGAAUGGUGGAAAACGAAUGAAUUUGGAAGUUACCAUCCCAAGAAAAAGGAUGAUGUACCUCCUUUAUCCGUACCAGAUCUAGCAUACAUUGAGUUCUCUAGAGCACCAACAGGGGAUGUUCGGGGCGUCGUUCUAAGCCACCGCACAAUAAUGCAUCAAAUGGCUUGUUCCAGUGCCAUAAUACAAGCCGUUCCUAGCCACGGGCCUGGCGAUACCUUCAAUCGUGCCCUUCGCGAUAAGAACGGACGCUUGAUUGGAGGGGGUGCCAGUAGUGAGAUUUUACUUUCGUAUCUUGACCCACGCCAAGGUAUUGGAAUGAUCCUUGGUGUCCUUCUCAACGUUUACAGCGGCCAUACGACAGUGUGGGUUGAGAACAAAGCAAUAAACUCACCCGGCCUCUACGCCCAUCUUAUAACCAAGUAUAAGGCAACGCUUAUGGUUGCUGACUAUCCUGGACUGAGAACUGCUGUCUUCAAUUAUCAACAAGAUCCCAUGACAACACGAAACUUUAAAAAGGGCAUGGAACCAAACUUCCAGCACGUCAAGCUUUGCUUGAUCGACACGUUGACGGUUGACAGUGAAUUUCAUGAAGUGUUAGCUGACCGGUGGUUACGACCUUUACGAAACCCUAGGGCUAGAGAAGUUGUUGCGCCAAUGCUGUGUCUGCCCGAACACGGGGGCAUGGUUAUCAGCGUCCGAGACUGGCUGGGUGGUGAAGAACGCAUGGGAUGUCCAUUAAAACUGGACAUUGAUGCUGAUUCAGGAUCGGAGACCGACAAGGAAGAAGAGAAGGAUAAAGACAAAGAAAAGGAGAAGGAGAAACCCGCACCAUCGAAUGGCUUUGGGAGUCUCUUAAGCGGCGGCACGGCGACGACAAAAGAACAGGAAGUCAAGAAUGACCUCGGUGAAGUGUUGUUGGACCGCGAGGCUCUAAAAACAAACGAAGUGGUUGUGGUCGCCAUUGGAGAAGAUGUACGAAAGAAAACGACCACCGAACCGGGCACCGUUCGUGUUGGUGCUUUUGGAUACCCCAUUCCCGACGCUACCCUUGCCGUUGUUGACCCUGAAACGGGGUUGCUUUCUUCGCCACAUUCUGUUGGGGAAAUCUGGGUUGACUCGCCAUCCUUAUCCGGAGGUUUCUGGGCAUUGCCUAAGCAUACCGAGCAGAUCUUCCAUGCUCGGCCGUACAAAUUUGAGCCAGGAGACCCAACACCUACCCCAGUAGAGCCCGAAUUUCUCAGAACCGGUCUUCUUGGAACGGUGAUCGAAGGCAAGAUAUUUGUGUUGGGCCUGUACGAAGAUCGAAUCAGACAAAAGGUUGAGUGGGUUGAGCAUGGCCACGAAGUUGCAGAGCAUCGAUAUUUCUUCGUGCAACAUAUCGUUGUCAGCAUCCUUCGGAACAUGAGCAAGCAGAUUUUUGAUUGUUCAGCAUUUGAUGUCUUCGUUAACGAUGAGCAUCUCCCGAUAGUGGUGAUAGAAUCAUCGGCAGCCUCAACGGCUCCAGCAACAUCAGGUGCUCCGCCUAGGCAGCUAGACACUGCUUUGUUGGACACCCUCUCCGAGAGGUGUAUGGAAGUCCUCAUACAGGAACAUCAUUUAAGGGUAUACUGCGUUAUGAUUACGGCGCCAAACUCCCUACCACGAGUGACCAAGAAUGGCCGCAGGGAAAUAGGAAACAUGCUGUGCCGUAAGGAGUUCGACCUCGGCAAUCUACCCUGUGUUCAUGUCAAGUUCGGCGUCGAACAUGCGGUGUUGAAUUUGCCUAUCGGUGUAGACCCUAUAGGUGGUAUUUGGUCGCCCAUGGCAUCAGAUGCCCGAGCCGACUUUCUCGGGCCUGCCGAUAAGCAGUAUUCUGGAAUCGAUCGCCGUGAGGUUGUCAUUGAUGACCGUACAUCCACUCCAUUAAAUAACUUUUCCAGCAUUACUGAUCUCAUUCAAUGGCGAGUAGCACGUCAGCCGGAAGAACUUUCUUAUUGUACCAUUGAUAGUAGAGGCAAAGAAGGGAAAGGCAUUACGUGGAAGAAGUUCGAUACUAGAGUUGCCGCGGUAGCCCUGUAUCUCCGUAACAAGGCUAAGAUACGGCCGCGCGACCAUGUCAUGCUCAUGUAUACGCACUCCGAAGACUAUGUCUUCGCUGUCCACGCAUGUAUAAACUUGGGUGCCGUGAUUAUCCCGACUGCGCCGAUGGACGAGCGCCGGUUACACGAAGAUGUGCCAGCCUUCCUUCACCUCAUUAAUGACUAUGGCAUUAAGGCUGUCCUGGUCAACAAUGAGGUAGAUCAUUUGCUCAAGUCUAAGACUGUCUCCCAACACAUCAAGCAAUCUGCCCAGGUACUCAAAAUCAGUGUCCCAAGUGUGUUCAACACCUCCAAGCCCCCGAAACAGAACAGCGGACUUCGUGACCUCGGGGUUACCAUCGAUCCCGCCUGGAUUCAGCCAGGAUAUCCUGUCAUUAUCUGGGCAUACUGGACACCAGACCAACGGAGAAUCUCAGUACAGCUUGGCCAUGAAACGAUCCUGGGAAUGUGCAAGGUUCAGAAAGAAACCUGCCAGAUGACUAGCUCCAGGCCAGUACUCGGCUGCGUCAGAAGCACUACUGGUUUAGGAUUCAUACACUCGUGUCUAAUGGGGAUCUAUAUCGGCACGCCUACUUACCUCCUUUCGCCUGUCGAAUUUGCCCAAAAUCCCAUAUCCCUUUUCUUAACCCUGAGUCGUUAUAAGAUCAAGGACACAUACGCAACACCCCAGAUGCUUGACCACGCGAUGAACACAAUGCCUGGCAAAGGUUUUACUAUGCACGAGCUGAAGAACCUCAUGAUCUCAGCCGAUUCUAGACCUCGUGUCGACGUAUUUCAAAAAGUCAGACUCCAUUUCGCGGCCACAGGGCUUGACAGAACGGCCAUAAACACGGUGUAUUCUCAUGUCUUAAACCCGAUGGUUGCAUCGCGAUCAUACAUGUGUAUUGAGCCUAUCGAGCUUUGGCUCGACCAACGAGCACUCCGAAGGGGGUUAGUGGUGCCUGUAGAUCCCGACUCCGACCCGAAGGCGUUGUUGCUUCAAGACUCUGGCAUGGUUCCUGUGUCAACUCAAAUAGCUAUUGUCAAUCCCGAGAGCCGACUCCUCUGUGCCGACGGAGAAUAUGGCGAGAUCUGGGUCGAUUCAGAAGCCUGCGUGAAAGCAUUCUAUGGAUCCAGAGAUCCCUUUGACGCUGAAAGAUUUGAUGGGCGUACUGUUGACGGCGAUCCCAACAUCAGUUAUGUCCGAACUGGCGACCUCGGUUUCCUGCACAACGUCAGUCGGCCAAUCGGGCCGGGUGGAGCUCAGGUAGACAUGCAGGUUCUCUUUGUGUUGGGCAAUAUUGGCGAGACUUUCGAAAUCAACGGUCUGAGCCAUUUCCCAAUGGAUAUAGAGGCUACAGUCGAGAGGUCUCAUCGAAACAUCGUACCUGGUGGCUGCGCCGUCUUCCAAGCAGGUGGUCUUGUAGUGAUUCUCGUCGAGGUAUCACGCAAGGCGUAUCUGGCAUCUAUAGUCCCGGUCAUCGUGAAUGCUAUCUUGAAUGAGCAUCAGAUUGUGGUGGAUAUAGUGGCUUUCGUUAACCGGGGUGACUUUCCUCGUAGCCGUCUUAGUGAGAAGCAGCGAGGCAAGAUUCUAGCUGGAUGGGUCACUCGAAAGAUGCGUACAGUCGCUCAGUUUGCAAUACGCGAUCCAGAUGCGUGCAGUGUAGAAGGUGGCGAUGGCACCGGAGAGAACCAUCGCGCCAGCGUAGGUAGCGUCCGAAGCAACAACAUACCCGGCGCCAGCUCCCUAAGGAACAUGGAACACGCGCCCCAGAUACUAGAGCAGGAAGAGCUGAGUCAUCAAAUGGACAAGAUGUCGGCCUUGCCUCAGCCUAUGGAACUUUCGACCAACAGCGAUCGAGCAAGCAGUUCGGGGCCGAUGAUGGACAUGCCCACAGGUCGGAUGCGUACGAGCAGCGGCUACGAAUAUGACCGCUACGGCGAUGGAAUGGUGCAGCCGAGACAACAGCAACCCCAGCCCCCACAGAUUCGCUUACCAAGCGUUGAUGGGCGUGAGUUACAGGACGAGGGUAUGUGGGCUCACGAGCAAGGCGCAGGUCGAGGCCAGCCCCCUAUGGAUGAGGACGAAUGGCAGCGAGAUGCCCUGAUGCAUAUGAAUCUAGCCAGUCAGAUGCCAAGGCAGGACUAGUGGUCAGCUGCCUCGGAACGAAGGGCGUUCUACAGAGAAGCAAGGAGUGGCUCCGGGCAAUAUCAUGCUUGAGAGGCAAACUUGAUUGGUACUGGUUGACACGA